UUCAAUCCGUACUAUACGACUUGUCCAUUAUAUCAAUGAUAUAGAGUUGAAGGGAGUGUUUUGAGUGUCAUCGUCAUCGUCUGCAAAAAUGAUAUUUCUCGCAAUACUUAUCCUGUUACUAUUGUUCCAAUUGUUCAAAAGCUGUCGCGGGUAUCCCAAAGUCUACAAGGGUCAACAACUCCCGCCGGGUCCAAAUUGGAGUCUCCCUCUGAUUGGACACUUGUACUUAUUUCAAUCCAAUCCUAUUGAUACCUUCAUGGAAAUGGCCAAAACAUUGGGAGGAGUCUUCAUGUUUGAUUUUGGCCCCAAAACUAGUGUCAUCCUCUUGGAUCCAGUUCUGAUUGAUCAGGCCAUGAAAAUGGAUGCCCUACCGUCAAGGCCUCUGAAGGAAAUGGAAUCUCAGGCCUUGAUCCGCGGUGAACGCAAUCCUGACGGAAGUUUACCAGGAAUUGCUUUCGCUGAUGGAACCAGUUGGAAAGAUCAACGCAAAUUCGCGUUCACACAACUCAUUUCCAUGGGUUUCGGGAGGAAUGUGGAUAUUGAAGAGGUGAUUCGAUUGGAAUGUGAUGCUAUGGUACAAAAGUUGAAGGAGUCCUCCAAGGAAGGAACUGUGCCCUUUGUCAUUGACACAAACAGCUUCAUUGGGAACGCACUCAAUGUGGUGUGGCAUUUUGUCAGCGGAAAUCCUGUCCGGAUGUCUGACGAGUUGCUCCUUUCAGCCAAAGAUUUCAUGCGUUCCCAGAAACCGGGAUUCCUCAGUACUCUCCAAUUGUACUCCCCACUCUUAAUGAGGCUCACAACCUUACUGGGCCAGAAAAAUAUGUUGUCUUCUCGUCGAGAUGUGGAUGUCAAAAUCAAUGAGGAGAUAGACAACCACAAAAGGUCAUUUGAUCCCAAUUUAGUAAGGGACUUCAUCGAUGCCUACCUCAAGAAGAUCCAAGACACCACAGAUCCCACAUCGUCGUUUCACGAACAGAGAGGUGAGGUCAACAUGCGAAACUCCAUGUUUGACCUCUUCAUAGCUGGCAUGGACACCACAGCGACCACACUGAGUUGGGGUCUAAUCUACAUGAUGAAAUGGCCCGAGAUCCAAGUCAAAGUCCGAAAUGAAAUUGCCAGAGUCAUCGGAAAUGCCACUCCGAGUCUCAAUCAUCGCUCAAAGACCCCUUACGUGGAGGCUACGUUGCUAGAGAUCCAACGACUAGCUUGCAUUGUUCCUUGGGGACCAAGAGCCACGUUGGAAGAUGUUCAGCUUGGACCGUACAUCAUUCCCAAAAACACGCACGUUCUAUACAUCAUUCAAAAUCUAACUCACAAUUCAAGCUUUUUCCCCGACCCCUAUCACUUCAACCCCGAGCGUUUUCUCUCCGAUGAUGGGACCAAAUUCAUCCGUGAUGAGCGGGUGGCCACGUUUGGCCUCGGAAAGAGGAAAUGUCCGGGAGAAAAUAUGGCACGAAUGGAGUUGUAUCUUUUCUUUGUGACGCUUAUGAAGAACUUUGAAUUCACGAGCGUCGUCCAUCCCAAGGAUAUGAACCUCGUAGGUGAUCUGGGCCUAGUUAUGGAGCCCAAACCGUGCUCAACAUCUAUUAAAAUCAUCAAACAAUAAUUGAUCUUACAAAGUCGCAUUUAUUUCAACUCAUGCCCAAGGGAAAGGUGCCCGUUCUCGAAGAAGUUUCUGGCCCGUUUUGGCCCAUUCCGGUGCGGUGAUCCACAACUCUUGGGCCGUUUCAAGGCAAGCCAGAAUGGCGGCUCCUUUCCACGUGGUCA